CACAUCAAUAUUAAUAAAUAAUGGUUAAUGUUCCAUUUUGAGUCCCAGUUUUUUAUGAAUUUGAUUCUCAGUCCCUACAAAUGUACUUUAUUGAACUAAAGAUUUGACUAAAAGCCUAAAAUCCACGUCAUGGAAUAAUUUAAAAAAACAUUUCAAUAGGUCAUCGGACCACAGCUGACGAUUCGGCGGACUUUUUUUGACAUGGCUUUGGCUUUUGGCUUCAUUCAUUAUUUUGACAUUUCGUGAUUUUGAUGUCAAGCGCUACGUAUUUCUUUCAUAAAAGUGAUUUUCUAUUAGUUUUAAGACAUUUCUUCCAUUUUUUCAAUAAAAGUAAGGCUAACGGAGCCUAACGUCAAAACUUUCUUCAAGAAAUAGGUUUCCGAACCCGAGAAAUUCCGCGAGAACCAUGUGACACGAAUACGAAAAAGUGCCUUCGGACCGUCAAUGUGACAGAAAUGUUUUCUGCCAUCGCGACGAACAGCAGCCGCUGUGGAACUGAGUCCGCCCCGAAGCGCGAUCCUCGAACGGCGAAGUAGAGCGUGAGCAAAGAUGAGCGCGAGAUGGCCAGCCCACCACCGAACCCCCGAGAAGGCGAGCAGGGCCCCGAGCACGCCGAGGAGGCGAGCGCCAAAGGCGCGCCCGCCCCGCAGAAGAGGUUCGUAGCGCCGCCCGCCGAAGAGCUGCCUUCUAAGCUGCAUUACGUGACCGUGAGCGCUCCUGGUCCGAGCGGAGUCAAAGCUACAUUUCGCACGGUGAAGGUACCGCGUCGAGUUCCAACCCUGGGUGGAGUUCGGUCCCGCACAGAGGCCGCGGCAGCGCCGGCCACGCCCGCCCCUGCCGAGCCGCCUCCCGCAUCUGAACGUACCAGGAAAGGCCGUCGGGACCAUGCUAAGCGGCACGUCUGCAGUACCUGUGACAAGCGCUUCUCCAGCCCAGGAAAACUAAAUCAACAUGUAUUGUCUCACACAGGUGAGCUGCCUUUCUCUUGUGAUUUGUGUGAAAAGCGAUUCAAUACUAGGUUCAAACUUGCUCGUCAUGGGCUCAUUCACAGUGAAGCUAAAGCAUUUGCAUGCAAUGUUUGUGGUAAAACAUUCAAUCGGAAGGAUCAUCUCACCAAUCAUGUCAGAGUCCAUAAUCCUAUUAAGAAAUUUUAUACAUGUGAGAGACCUGAUUGUAGGAAGUCAUACACAUCUAACUUGAGUUACCGCAAACAUGUUGCAUUGCACUCAGCGGAAGAAGGGAAUUUGCAAUGUAAAAUAUGUAAUGCCACUUUCAGCACAAGGCAGGAAAUUGUUUAUCAUCUGAAGGUGCACACUGGCAGUCGAACUUUAAAAAGUGAGACUGAUAAAAAGUUUACUUGCAGCUACUGUGAGCGAAGGUUCUUUACAGCUAAGGAUGUUAGACGGCACUUAGUGGUGCAUACAGGUAGACGUGAUUUCUUAUGUCCGUUCUGCCCACAAAAGUUUGGGAGAAAAGAUCACUUGGUUCGCCAUGUUAAAAAUGCACAUCCUGAUGAAUCUUGGAAAUCUGCUGCUGUUGGUACAUCCAGUGAACCACCACCAGAGGCAUCUGCUUUUGAGGAAACAUAUAGUGAGUUUGCUUUAGAAGGAACAGACUUUGGAAUCUGGAAGCCACCAUCACCAAAGGUGACCACCCCAGAGGGUAGAACACGUGUGCCCUCUACUGACAUAAUUGUGGAAAUACCUCCAUUAGACCCAUCUGAAAUAAAAGUGGAGCCACUGGAUAUUAAGGAUUCUUUAAACAUUAAACAAGAAGAAACGCAAUCACAAAAUUGUGACCUCCUUGAGAAUGUUGAGUACCCACCAAUAAUUUGGAAUCCUUCAUAUUUGAGCCCACAAGAUUUAAUAGUUUCAGAAAAUGUUGAAUCUUAUGGACUGCUCGAUCCAGGUGAAGGCCCUUCAGGCCUGUCGAGCCAGAUUUUGGGACUCUUGGAUGAUAGGGAGCCUUCUUAUUCAGGUGAAGAUGGUCGUGUUCAGCAACAACGCUUGCCAGCUUUCACACAGGCUUUUCAGACAGCACAGAGCCCGAAACCGCCAAAACCACCACCCCCACCGCACUAGCACUCUAGGUUUACUUGGGUGACAAACAAAUAGCUGAGUGCAAUGCAUUAGUCAAGACUCAAGGGUGAGAUUUCUGCAUUUACUGAAUACCGAACUACCUCAUUAGGUAAUGUGGACUAUUUUUGUAAAUAGUCUGAGUGCAGUAGUAAUACAAAAAAGUUUUGGACUUGAUAUUGGACCUUAAAUGCUAGUUAUUGAAAAAUGGAGGUAACUAUCCUCAUGUUAAAAUUGCCAAAUUGUAUAUUUGUACAUUCAGGUAUACCAAAAUGUUUCCGAAUUCUACAUGAAUAUGUGAUCUAGUCGUGUAUGUACUUUCGGAAUUGUAUAAUGUUUAUUUAUAGCGUACAUGUAUGACGUUUUAUGGAGUAUAAAUGGGACCAACUCUGUGAGCUAGGUGGAAUACAGUUAGUUAGAUGAUAUUAGACCGUUUGAGUUUUCUUUGGGUUGGCAGCAAUGUAAUGUCGAGCAGAUGUCUUGCAGGUGUCUUGAAAGUACAUGGCUCUUGAAGGCGGCAGGCUAUUAUAAUAUGUUUCAGAGAGGCUUGUCGCUUUUACGCGCAAUAAAACACAACAGAGCAUGUGUCUUUCAAUUAAAAUUAAGUGUAAGUACUGCCAAUAUAACAUCAGAUCUGCAUUAAAGUUAUGAGUGUAUCAUCCGUAUGUUACGUGUUCUGUACAGAGUAAUGAAGGCUUUAUAAUCAGGGUUCAGUUUCCUUCUAUACUCAGAAUGAAUUUGAAGCCCAAACUCAGAAACGUUGAGCUAGAAAAGUGCAAUAAACAUGAUGAAGAAAAUUAUCUCAGAAGCUAAAUUGCUUUGGAAAAAAAAAUUUAGGUCGAGUCUGAUCAGCAAAAUGUAUACUUAAAUAAAAUUUCAUUAAUAUCAUUAAAAAUGUGCCAAAAAAUUCAAUGCAAAAAAAUCAGUCUCAUAGUAUAAUUUUGCUUGUCGGAUCAUUCGGAAAAGCCUUAUUUGUAAAUUUUUGAUUUCAUUUGUGUCGGACCACAUGGGAAUUAUUUCAAACUUAAAAUUUACAUUUCGAAAUGUUAAUUUUAAAAUAGUUUUUGUUUUGGCGUAUGUUUUAGGAUUAUGAGCCAAAUUUAUGUAAUUUGUGUAGUAAUGUGUUAAGAGUGUGUUUGGUGUCAGGUGAUUGUAUAUAUAAUAUUAAAAAAACUAUUUUUAAUUAGGUGCCUUAAAAAUCCAGCAACAUACUAAUGAUUAUUAAAAGGUAAUUUAUAAAACUUAAAAAAAAAAAGGAAAUGUUUCUAUUUUGUAUGGUAUAGUUGUUUAAGUCUAGUUUGAAAAAAAGUCAAUGAGUAAAAAAACUGGCACCUAAUUUCUAUGUUUCUUUGCUGUUCAGAAAUCACAAGUUUUUUUUUUAUGAUCACAUUUUGGCGAUUUGUAAACGUUACAGACAGGGAUUUCAGUUUUUUUAUGUAUAAAAAAAUAUUUUUUUUUAUCGCUUUCGUUGAAUAAUAUUAUAAUGCAAUGAUUCUUCUAAAGUUUCCACUUGCUAAGUGGUAGUCCUGACACAUAUAAUGUGCUAAAUCACAUGUUAAUUUUUAAGGAAUCUUCAUUAUUGUUUUUAUAUGUUUGAUGUCUAUUCACAGCACGGAUAGAACUGUAAACUAGAGAUCCGAUGUUGUAAUCGUAGUAAUAUGUAUAUAAUUCUAAUCUUUUGUUUUAGGUUAAUAGGACUGUAAAAAAAUUAAAUCUACCUCAGAAACAACUUAUCUUGUAGAAAAUAAUAAAUAUGUUAGGUUAGUGAAAAAAAAAUUAAAUUUUUUUUUCUACUUUAUAAAUACAGCGACAAUAAGGCAGUUUUAUGACAUCUACAUUGUCUUAAUUCGUUUUAAAUUAAUUUUAGUGUGUGCUGCAAUAUCGAAAUCUUAUUUGAUAAAAUUUGAAAAAAAAUUAUAUGAUAUAUUCGUUUUUUUUUUCUUGCUCUUUAAGAGUUUUCUUCGAGUUACAUUGGCAUAUUAACAAAAUUAAUUUUCCAAUCAAGAUUGGGAGAUAAGUAAAAAAAAAAAUACAAAAAAAAAAAAUUCAAACAAAACAAAAAUGAAUCAGAAAAGAUUUCGUGAAAAUGUUUUUUUUUAAUGCUUGACAAAGUACAAUUUUAAUGUACAUUGAAAGUUUUAUGAGAAAUAUUUUCACAAUACAUUUUAUUCCUAAGGUAAUAGACUGAUAAAUGUUCAAACACAUACACAGAAAAAUGAAAUUUAAAGCACUGGCGAAUUUAUAAUAACAAACAUGUUUCUUUUUCAGCUACACAAUUGUACAAGUCAACGCAAUUUUUGAAUCUUAUUAAUAUUUGGUUUCGAUCAUCUUUGGUGUUGAGUGAACGUUACAGAUAAAAUUGCACGAUAUCCUAAUUUAAAUAUGCCUCAUGUUACGUGUUUCAAUAACUUUAAUUGCUGGUAACAUUUCGUUUUGUCGGUCUAUUACCUAUCCACCUAGUCAUAUCACAGCAGCACGUGAACCAGUAAAAUAUGCAUUUUUAUAUUUAAUCUCAUAAAACAAUAUAUAGUUAAACAGACUUACGAGAAAGCGCAUUUUUUUUACAUAAAAUUAAUGUUAUAUAUAAAUAAAUCAAAUAUUGGACAGUACAUAAUAAUUACAACGAUUUAUCCCCAUAAAAUAUUUCUACUAAAAUAUUUAACGCUAGACCACCAUAGUUCAGGUUUACUGCAAUAUCAUUUUAGAACAAUUAUUUUAUAAGAGCAUAUUAAAAUAUAAUAUAUAGCACUUUUAGAAUUAAAGUGGCUUAAUUAAAAAUUCUAGUUUUUUGGUAAAGGUCAAAAUCGUAAUUGAAUAAUUAUAAUUUUUCAGUUUCGAUUUUAAUACUUUAAGCCUUAAAGCGCAUAGGCACCUUAAACUGUCAGGUAUGCGCUUGAUUUAUAAGAGACGGAAAGUGUACUUUGUCCUUUUCUAGACUAAAAUAUAAAUUUAAUUUUUAAUUUUAUAAACUGAUAGAAUACAUGCAUAAAAGUCGUUCAAAGUAUAAAACACAUUCUAAUUAAAAGUUUAAUAAGUUUAAUUUUUAGAUAAGCCACUUCAAUUCUAAAGAUGCGAUAUAUAUAAUCAGAACUAGAAAGUUAUAUUUUUGCAAUAAAUUAUUGGUAUUUUUUUUACAACGACAUUAAUGCAAUAUGUUUUUUUUUUGUUAAUUUAUUUGUCUGAAUUUGAUAACAUAUCAAAGAACUACCAUAAGUAUGUACAUAUAACCAUUUUACUUGACCUUGAUGCUGGAUUUGAAUAUCACGAAAUAAUUUAUUUAAAUAUGAUGUGGGUUUUAUCGUAUAUUUUCAUAAAAUUAUAUUAUAAUGAGUGUUUCCAUUUUUAUAGUAAUUAUACAUUUCAGAUUAUAUUUUUAAUUGAUGCAUCAUGUCGACAAAAUGGCCAUUAAUUUUUUUGUGUAUCUAACCAAGCACUGAAAGUGUUCACUUUCGUUUUUUUUCUUCCUCAGAAUCUUUACGCAUAAUUAUUGUUGUAAUAUCGCCCAGUUUUUAUUGUUUUUAUUACCUGCGAAUGAGUGUGACUCAUUUCUUUUUUAAUUUAUUAUAAUAAAUAACACGAAUAAUAUGUUGUAAUACAUACCAAAUAAAAUUAAUUAUAUUUUUUUUUAUAUGUGCUUACAUCUGUAGAGUUUCGAAUAUUUUUACUAUUAUUUUGUUUGUAAGUUUUGGUAACUGCAACGAAAUGGCUACGAGUAAUGAGUAUGUGUCAUAAUGAUAACGUGACAUACACAAAAUGAUAACAAUCAUUUAAAUGAUAUUCUGAAAAGUGUGUUGUAAAAAAAUGGUUACACAAAUGGCCUCCUGGUCUAUUAAAGAAUGCCGCUUAAAAUUGCUCGUAGCUUUUAAAUUAUGUAAAAUUGUUCAAUAGUUAUACGAUAUACGUAAUUUUGGUACAUAAAAUAGGGGCCUUAUUAAUUAAAUAAUAAAUAAAAAAAUAGAUUUGUUUGAAGUAAAAAAAAAAGAAGAGAAAAAAACUAUUUUUAGAAUACUAUGAUAUUUUUUAAUAUAGAAAUGAUCUAUUUUUGUUACGCUUUUACGAAAGUAAUAAGGCAUUUCUUUUUGGAUGUUUAAUUAUUUUUUUUAUAACAACAUUAACAUGGAAACUUGCAAAAGAGUGGCAGAAUCGACAUUGGAAUCUAGUUAUUUCCAAUUAGAAACAAUAUUUUUGUAAAAUUCUUAAAAAAAUACAUUAACUAUUAAAUCCUUAAAAUUCCACAGAUUUUAAUGAUAAAUCUAAAUAACGUUUUUAACCCCUUGUCCUCGGUCCAGUAGUAACAAUGAAAGUUUGUAGGAUGUGGACUGCAGUUUAUGAUUAUAUGAAUACGGAAGUUACCUGAUUUCCAAUGUUGCCAGCCAUAAAAAACAAAUUCACAGUGUUCAAAUUAGUAAUAUACUAACCAAGACCGAGGGAUGCCAUCGCAGGAGAACCCUAAUAAUUAUAAACAAUUGUACCUGGUUUAUAAUAACAUUAUGUAAAUGGUCUUCAUUGUAAUAAAUAUUUGGAACAUCCUUUCGUUUUUAUUUAUCAAACAUAAAUCCCGAUUCACAUGAAUUCUUUCACUGUGUUAGUUACGUAAAGUUUAAAGAAAAAGCUAUGGGUUUAAUGGAAAUUUGUUGUAUUAUUACUAGUAGCUUUGAAGGAUUAUUCUGUGUGCUUAGUGCGAGUUUUUUUAAUGUUCUCGAUAGUAAAAAGUUAACCCA